AUAAAACUAAUUAGUAGUUACAGUUUUGCAGCGAGUGAUGAUGAAUAAGAUGAAUUUGAACGAGAAAUUGAAGUGUCCUCUUCUAAAAUAUCCCGAAAACUACAAUCCCGAUAGCUUGGAUCUUGAAAAUAAUCCGGAAGCAAGAGAAUAUUGGUUGGAUUGCUUAGAUCAAAUGGCGAAGAAAUUCGUUGGUAAAGUUAAGGAUUUACAACCAGAUGAUCCAAGUGCAACCGAGAAAGCUGAAGAAUGUUAUCGGGAAUUUCACACUCUCAUAGAAAAAGUAACCGAUGAUUCUGAAUUUCUGAAACCGCUUAGUAUUAGAACUCUACUUAAUUAUAACGACGAUUGUAUUAGAAGGAGAUUCAAAGAUCCUUGGGAACGUCAGAAAAAAAUGGAAAAUUCAAUUGCCCUAUCUAAAUUCAAAUCAAGAAUCGAUGUCCUCGAUAGUAAAACGGAUUUAAAAGAUAAAUGGUUAGAUAUAAUACGAGGAGUUUUAGCAGGUAAUUUUUUUGAUUGGGCCGCGAAAGCCGUCAAAGAUAUUUUAGAAAACCGUCACGAUUUUGGAUUUGAAGAAGCCGCAACAACCGUACAGAAGAGACCGUGGUUUGUAGAUAAAUUCGACGAAUUUUAUAACAGAUUGGAAACGAGACGUUACGAAAAAUGCGUUAUAUUCUUAGACAAUUCCGGUAUUGAUUUUAUCCUUGGAAUUCUUCCGUUAGUCAGAGAACUUUUAUCGCAAGGAACCGAAGUAAUAUUAGCGGCGAAUACUUAUCCAACUUUGAACGAUAUUACAUAUAGCGAACUGAAUAUUUAUUGCGACCGAGCUGCGAAAUAUUGUGAAAUAUUGAAAGGUGGAUUAGAUAACGGGAAAUUGAUAACAGCAGAAAAUGGCCAGAAAGGACCUUGUUUGGAUUUAUCAGUUUUAUCAGCCGAAUUGUGCGAAUUAAUGAAGUCUGUUGAUUUGAUAAUUAUCGAAGGUAUGGGUCGAGCAAUUCACACCAAUAUAAAUACGAAAUUUACAGUGGAUUGUCUCAAAUUGUCGGUUAUAAAAAACGAAUGGUUAGCUAGGUAUAUGGGAACGAAAUUAUUCGGAAUAAUAUGUGAUUUUGAUAGUACAUGAAAUAUUAUUUAUCUAAUGUUAAUUACACAGAAUGUAGAUAAUAACGAAAAA